AUGGAAGUUUCGUCAAGCGACUCCGGCGACAGCAACGACUUCGGUAGAGAAGAAGAUGCCGAGCUUGCCGACCCUGCCAACCAUUUCGCGUUUGACCCGCUAGCAAGCUCGUCAGAAGAAGAGAGCUCGUCGCCAGACAGCGAUAAUGCCAUGCAGGAGGCCUUGCGCAUCGGGAGCGUCCAAUGGUGCCUCUGUGGGAGUUGCCGCGCCAUGGAGACCGAGACGGAGUCGGUGUGUUGUCGAGAGAUCGACAAAGUGAACUCUCUUGUGCCGGAUGAGGCUGCCUGCGUCACAGAACACCCGACAUUUCGGCGUGGAUGCUUAGACAUCCACGCCCUGGAGAUAGCGUACUACGCCUUGAUGGAAGACCGUCCGGGCGUCAUUGAGGCUCCAGAAAUCCACAGGUAUUACUGCUGCGAUUGA